GAUGCCACACAGAAUUAGCUUUUGGACCUCUUCACAGCGGUGUCCAAACUGAGAUUUAAGAGACAAGGGAGCAGGUCUUCACAGAAAUGAAGUUUCUGCAGAUACUUAGACCAGCAGCUGGUGUGACGUUAUGGAGACCAAGCAGUGGUGUGUCCUGUUUACUUGGGCUGGUCACAUGUCUGGGCUGUGUAGGAUCCCUCAACAUCCCCCCAAUGACUUCAGGCCCGCGCUCAGCCUUUUCCGCCACACGUAGCAGCAGCGUGUUGGGUGGCACUCAGCGGGUCGUGACCUUUGACCGCCUUCUCGUCAACAUCGGUAAUGACUUCAACCCAGAUACAGGUGGUUUCCGAUGCCGCCUGCCUGGUGCGUACUACUUCUCGUUCACCGUGGGAAAGUUUCCCAAGAAGAUCCUGUCCGUCAUGCUGGUGAAGAACGGGAUGGAGGUGCAGGCCAUGGCGUACGACGGAUACCGGAACGAGGGUCGCAAGGUGCAGAGCCAGAGCGUGAUGGUCAGCCUGAAGCCCAUGGAUACGGUCUACCUUCUGCUUCAGGAGAAUCCCGACUACGCCAUCUACAGCAACGUUGGACCCUACAUCACAUUUAGCGGUUAUCUCGUCUACCCAGACUCCACGUCAUCUGUUGGAUAUCUCAACAACCACCUAUCUCCUCCAGGCCUUCAUAUUCCAGGUUGUCCUCCCCUUAUAGAUCCCCAUUAUGAUUGGAGAAGGUCAACAACCAUUGAGGAAGCACGUUCUGCGUUUUCAGUGGCAAGAACAUCCUCAGUGCUGGGUGAAAGCAGACGACAUCGGGAAAGAGAAGCUCUCACGUUUGACGUGGAAUACGUUAACAUAGGCGGUCACUUUAACAAAACUUCUGGACGUUUCAUCUGCCACUUCCCCGGUGCGUACUUCUUCGCAUUUACUGUGGGGAAACACCCUCGCCGGGCGUUGUCGGUGAAGCUGAUGAUGGGCAGAGGGGAGGUGCGGGCCAUGGUGUUCGACGAGGACUUGUCGCGGAGGAGAGAGAUGCAGAGCCAGAGUCUGCUGUUGUCGCUGAAAAGAGGAGACAGUGUCUGGCUGUACAGUCAGCAGGAUGACGGAUACGCCGUUUACAGCAACCAGGGACGUUACACAACAUUCUCUGGAUUCCUAGUCUAUCCUUAUGCCGAUUCCAUGAGCAUAGACAGAAAUUUCCCCUAAGAGCCAGUACUGAAUUAUUCAUAGCUUCACCUUUAACCUUUUGGUUUUGUACUAAAUUUGCUUUAACAUAGUGCUAUUGUUAUGUGCUUUUUACACAUUACAAAUUAUUAUGUAAAUAUUGUAUAAUUAUUUCAGGUAAGACUUAAAGAAACUUUUAUGGCAAGAAACUUUCGUUAAUGACAUUAACAAACAUUACAUUGCAUGUGGUUAGCAGAUCACUAGUGAGUAUUCGUCACAUUUACAUUUAUUCAUUUAGCUGACGCUUUUAUCCGAAGCGACUUACAAUUGCUAUAUAUGUGAGAGGUCGCACGCCUCUGGAGCAACUAGGGGUGUUAAGUGUCUUGCUCAGGGACACAUUGGUGUCUCACAGUGGAGACAUGCGUCUUAUCCACCGCACCAUCACCACCCCUACGUUAAAAUGGAAUUCAUAUACAGUAUAUUCAUGUUUGAAUGUAAAUGAACUUCUGAUCUAAGCUUAUCAUAUUUAUUACCUUAUUAUUGAAAGUUGUUAUAAAGGCUUCCCAUUUUUGUAUAAUUGUUUAGAAAGAUAUGCUACUGUGACUCUCUCAUAUUGUUACAGGUAAAAUGCUCUACAUAGACACGGUGCUGAUUUUUAUUGUGCCAUUGUAUUUAAUGUUGUUACAAGUAUUAGAAAGUGUCCGAGAUCUUUCUUAUUGAUAUUUUGGAUAUAAACUAAUCUAAAUAAACUUUAACUUAACCAUG